AUGAUUGAUAUAAUUGAAUUUUUAUAUACUUCUGAUAUUGUUUAUCGUGAUAUACGUCCACAAAAUUUGAUGUUAGAUUAUCAUGAAGAACAUAUAAAAUUAAUCGACUUUGAUUUUGCCAUUACAUAUGCUGGUUAUGAAUUAUUAACCUGUUAUGUUGAAGCAUUAGUGAAUGGACAAUAUGCAGCAUUUUAUCAUUAUGAACGAACGUUUGAUUUAAAAUGCGCAUUAAAUAUUAUAAUAUACGUGAUCGAUAAAAAUGUCCAAGUUCAGCUGAAUGCUAUUGAACAAUUAUCACCUAGUCUGGCGAAAAUUUCGAGGUCGUUAGAAUUGUGGAAAAAUAUUAAACAGAAAAAUGAAAUUUAUUCUCAUUUAUUACAUUUGAUAAACAACUCGAUUGAAUUAUCUGCAAUUGGUGAUUUUAAAGAUCAAUUAGAAAAACUUUACUAUUUAGGAACAAAAAUAAUUACAUAUAGCUUAUAA